AUGCCAGCCGCCAGGUCUAGGCUUGCCGCCACUCAGGGUCACAGCGCCUCCAUCUUCAGCAGUUUCGAAGCCCAUUGCAAUGCCGAACCUGUUGAUACGAAGACUACCACGCUGAAUCUGCUUCGCAAUGCUUACAAAGACUACCAUGUCACCGAAGUGGACGCCGAGCGGGCAUCACUCUUUGAGUUCACUGCCACUGACAUGGCUCUGUUGAUGCUCGACUCUGAAGAUGAGCAUUUCAACGCUACGAGGGAUUGGCAAGCUGCUGGAGAAGGUAACGAGAAAAAGAUGGAUCCUGUAAAGCUGACCGAUGACUUUCGAUUUGCAAGUAUACAUGGGAUGACAAGGAGUUUCUUGUCUAUUAUGUGA